AUGUUUGAGUACUCGGAGUCUCCAUUCAUGUGUGACGGUUGCAAGGAGGUCGGUAUAGGCUCUCGCUAUAAAUGCAGCUGCAACUUCGACCUUCACGUGCAUGGCGACACUCCCCGAUUCUGCAAUGCCUGUGGGAAGGAUGUCACUGGCUUCAUUUACCACUGCAAAUUGUGUGGUUUCGACCUUCAUCCAUGUUGUGCCAAGCUCCCAAUGGCACUGAGCGACGGUGCAAUCAAGCUCUACCUUUAUAAGAAAGUGAGUGCAUCGUGUCAUAGGUGCGGGCGGAAGGGAGGAAGCUGGAGAUAUAGGUCUUCCUGUAAGAAGAAUAAUCUACAUGUAGCUUGUGUGAAAGAUAUGCUUGUGGAGAGCUGGCAUGAAUUGUAUUUUGGACGUGGGAAAGGGACCAAAUUGGAGACGAGAAUUCCUAGUCUUAGGAAUUCUCUUCAGACUCAUCACAACAAGGGCAAGGGGAAGAUGAAAAGGAGCUGUGUUAUGGCUGGUAUGGCUGUCCAAUCUGUUAUAUCGGCACUGCUCGGUGACCCAACAGCUCUGAUUGCUGGAGUUAUUGUGGCCCUGAUAUCAGCAGCUUGAUGAACAAUGAUAUCAAGUAAGUUAGGAUUAGGAUUAGAAUCAGGUUCCUUCAGUAUGGACUUGUUUGUAGGAUAUCAGAUCAUCAUGAAUCUCAUGAUAUCAUUUAGUUGUAGCCAAAAAUCCAAGAGCCUACCUCGUUGAUAAACAAUUUCUCUGGCCAAAAGGAAAAAGAAAUAGUGAUUUUCUUUCAAGAACUGAAUUUCCUUUUGAGUUCACGUAAUAUUAUCUAAAAAUUCCCCC